ACCCACCCGAUCCAAUUCCAUCCGACGACACCGCAUCGAUUUCCUUUCGAGGUCACAUCUUUCUCCUUCCUUCACCUCCGGCGAUUCCUACAUCACAGACUUUGCGGACUUCCACCCGCUUCUGCUACCAGCCAUCGUCACCCUCCGCCCCAUCUUCUCCAUCACCACCGCCGCCGCCGUCUCUACCUCCUUUUUAGUAGUUCGUUCCUCCUCUUCGUUCCUUCCCUUCCCUUCCCUUCCCCUAUCUCUUCAUCUUUAACCUAAUUCUCGGCUUCAAGAAGCCAUCGUCUGCGUCGAUCGAAGUAUCUAGGUCGCCGGGAAUGGCCUCCUUCAGGCCCUUCCACCCUCCCCCGCCGCCUGCUGCAGCGCAGCCUCCCCCGCCGAACCAGAGCGCUCUUCCGCCUCCCCCUACCCUCCCGCCGCCUAUGAACCCGCAGUUCCAGCCCUACCCCCAGCACCGUAACUACCCUGGCUCCGGCCCCGCCGCCGCCUCCGCCGUGUCUGGUUAUGGCCGGAUUCCGCCCGGCUCGGCCUCCCGCCACGGUUUCGCUGGCCCCUUUAACCCCCCCGCCGGCCAGCAGCAGCCGCUGCCGCCCGGGCCGCAGCAGCAGUAUCCGUACGCCCCUCAUCUUCAUCAGGCACCGCCACCGCCGCCACCUUCGGCCUCCUAUCCACCACCCCCGCCUCCACCCCACCUCCCACCGCAGCCGCAGCCGCAGCCGUCGAUGUCUUAUCCUUCUUCCCAGUACCCUCCUCACUAUAACCUUCCGGCCCAGCCGCCCCCACCGCCCCCUCCGCCUUCCUCCCCGCCGCCAAACCCUUCCGUCCCUCCCCCACCGCCGCCCCCCAUCCCCCCUCCGUCAGUCCCGCCCCCUCCCCCUCCUUCGUCCAACCAGUCCCCGUUGGUGCCACCAGACGUGGGUCAACGUCAUCAGGGCGCUAGAGAGGCCCUGCCCCCUGGGAGGCAGCAGAAGCUAUCUCUCCCGCCCAAGCAGCAGAAGCCUCCUUCUGCACCUCCCGCUGGAAGGGUUUCGGUCCAACCUGGAGGCCCCAAUGGGACCUCGAUGAGGGUGGAGACUGAGGAGGAGAGGAGGUUGAGGAAAAGGAGAGAGUAUGAGAAGCAGAAGCAGGAGGAGAAGAGGCAGCUUUUGCUGAAGCAAUCACAAGCCACUGUGCUGCAAAAGACCCAGAUGAUGGUGUCAGGCAGCGCAAGGCCACAUGGCUCCAUCACUGGGUCUCGUAUAGCAGAGCGCCGGACAACCCCAUUCCUGAGUGGGGAAAGGAUCGAAAACCGAUUGAAAAAGCCUACAACUUUCAUCUGCAAGAUGAAGUUUAGAAAUGACUUGCCAGAUCCAACCGCACAACCAAAGUUAUUAGCUAUGCAUAAGGACAAAGACCGAUAUACCAAAUAUACAAUCACAUCCUUAGAGAAAAUGCACAAGCCUAAACUCUAUGUUGAACAAGAUCUUGGGGUACCUCUUGACCUACUUGAUAUGAGUGUAUACAAUCCUUCCGCUGUUCGUACUGCCCUUUCUCCCGAAGAUGAAGAGUUACUGCUUGACGACGAGGUAGUAACUCCUAUCAAGCAAGGAGGUAUAAGAAGGAAAGAGCGACCUACAGAUAAAGGUGUUUCAUGGUUGGUUAAGACUCAAUACAUUUCUCCCAUCAGCAUGGAAGCUGCAAAAAUGUCUCUUACUGAGAAACAAGCAAAAGAAAUACGAGAAUCAAAAGAAGGUCGAAAUCUUUUCUUGGAGAAUCUUAACAAUAGGGAUAGACAAAUACAAACCAUCGAAGAAUCUUUCAGGGCAGCCAAACUGCCCCCUGUCCAUCAAACGAAGCCUGAAUUAGAAGCUGUGGAUAUUUUGCCUUUGUUACCAGAUUUUGACCGGUGCGAAGACCAAUUUGUUAUGGUAAAUUUUGAUGGAGAUCCAACUGCUGAUUCAGAACAAUAUAACAAGCUAGACAGGUCUAUCCGUGAUGAGCUCGAGUCUCAGGCUAUAAUGAAGAGCUUCAUAGCCAAUGGCUCAGAUCCAAUGAAUCCUGAGAAGUUUCUUGCGUACAUGGUUCCUCAACCGGAUGAGUUGUACAAGGACUUAAAAUCUGAAAAUGAAGAUACAUCAUACUCCUGGGUUAGAGAAUAUCACUGGGAUGUAAGAGGUGAUGAUGCUGAUGAUCCAACAACGUACUUCGUAACUUUUGGAGAAAAAGAUGCCCGCUACUUGCCCUUGCCUACAAAGCUUGUUUUACAAAAGAAGAAGGCAAAAGAGGGAAGGUCUGGUGAUGAGAUCGAGCAGUUUCCAGUGCCAUCAAGGGUGACUGUGAGGAAGAAAUCAACUACUACAUAUGGAGAACCAAACGAAUAUGGGGAAGCAUCUAGAAAUAAUGAAAAACUGGAUGUCAGGAACAUAAAGCGAGGACGUUCCUCAAUGGAUGAUGACCUUGAAAGGCAGCAUAAAUUUCAGAGAACAGAAGAUAUAGAUCAGUUCAGUGGGGAGGAAGAUAUGUCUGAUUGACUGUGACAAUAUGUCAGCAUCGCCAUUGCAGAGUUACUUCUGGUGUAGCAUCAUCAUUUGCUAAUCCCGGUGAAUGUAUGGGUCAUCAAAGAAGCCCGUUUGACCGAAAUGGAUGUCUAUUUCAGAACUCAGAAGUCACGUAAGGCAAGAUGGUGAUAUUUCCCCCCUUACCAGUAUUAGUACAUAAGUUUUUGGCUUACAUGUCAAAUGUGAUGAAGUUUUUCAAGCCGUUCAAGCAUUAUAUAGCUGUCAUUUUCUUGUCAAGUUUAUUACCGAGAAUAGAUGUAUGUUUUUUAUUAUAUUGGGUUUCAUUUAUAUGCUGCAAUGCUUUGAUGUC